AUGAAAAACGUGAAUGAGGUCAGGGAAUUAGAUAAAGUAGGGGAGAAUGGGGAGGACAGCAGCAAGAUUCCUAGGAAGUAUAAAGAGAAAGGUGGGCCAAGCAUGAGAAGAAUAGACAGCACAAAAAGAGGGGUAUGGGCUUUCAUCAACCAAAGGUCCAAUAGAAAUAGACAACAAAUUAAAAGUGGACCAACUGAAGAAGAAAGGAACCUCACUAUUGGACAAAUAUUGAAGGAGUUCAACAAAAACAUGGCCGAAGAAAAAAGGAAGAAAAACACAGAAAGAGAAGUUGAAGAGGAGGCCCAAAAUAGAAAUAACAUGGACAUUGAUGGGUUAAUCAGACAGUAUAAACCAAACGAGAAAGAGUCAAAACAGAGGAGCAAGCAACUAGUCAUAGAGAGCGAUGGAGGCUUCUAUUAUGUAGAACUAGCAGAAGAAGAAGAGAAAAUAGAGCAGAAAAAUGGCAAAGCAAUUGUAUUGGCCAGAGAAUACGAAACAGAACUUGUUCAAAUAAUGGAGGAAAAGUUGAAGCUUAAAAGAAGAAGGGAAGAGGACCAACAUGAGCAGAUUGGAAAUUUUCUAAAGGAGGAAGAGGAAGCUACGCAGUUGUAG